GUGAGUAUUUAACAUUUUAUCACAUUCAGAAUUAGACUCUGUGCUCCAGCUGUUUCUUGGAUCUAGAUACUGUUGAAUCCGGAUUCGGGGGUUGAAGGUUUUGUGUCACGGCGGUAACCUAUAUGCUGUUGUCCUGCGCGAAGACACCGAACUCCACAAAAAAAUCGCUCAAUUGAAGAAUCUUGAUUAUCAACCGAGGGUCAGAGGUCAGAGGUCACCAUGGGGUCUGCAGUGGAGAGGACAGACGAACACGUGAGAGAGUAUCUGCUCUAUCGCGGCUUCACCAGCACUCUGAAACACCUGGACGGCGAGAUCAAAGCCGACAAGGAGAAAGGCUUCAGGGUGGAUAAGAUCAUCGAUCAGCUGCAGCAGUUUGUCCAGAGCUUCGACCUGUUUGGUCUGAAGGAGUACUGGCUUUACUUGGACAGACGUCUGUUCUGCAGACUGGAGGAUGUUUACAGGUCCACAGUCAACAAACUGAGAACCAGCCUGUACAGAUACUACGUCAUCAAUACCAUCCAGAAAGGAAACCUGGAGAAGACCCAGGAGUUUUUCCAGAAGCAGGCAUUGGAGCUGCAGGGUCAGGGCGAGUGGCGUGACUGGUUCAUCCUGCCGUUUAUCCCCGCCCCCGAGCAGAACCCCGCCUUCUCUCCGUACUUCUCCCGCCAGUGGGCCGACACUUUCCUGGUUUCACUGCACAACUUCCUGUCUGUCCUCUUCCAGUUCCAUAACUGGUUUUCACCCCAGCCAGUCCUGCUGAGUUUUGAUGCUGAAGUCCAGAAGACAACCAGCCUGACAGAAGAGAACGAACAGCUCCGCCAGCUGCUGUUUGCACUUCAGACAGAGAGUCGGGACCAGAGAGAUGGAGACGAGAUGGUCCACCACAAGCUGCCGGUGUACGUGCAGAACAUGGACCGACUUGGAGACACUGAGCUGGACUUGGUGUCGAGCCAGCGCACUGUGAGCACCACCACUACUCCCUCCAGAAACUUCUUCUCUACAUUCCUACCUCAGGGAAGACGCACCCCAGGGAAACCACCUCAGUUCACCACUGGGUCCUCUCCAAGCCAGCCUGCAAAGUCAAAAGAGGCAGUCCAAGCUAAGGAGGUGAAGCCAGUUUCCAGCCAGGCAUUAACCAGUGAACCUGCGAGCUCCCAGUCACAGCAGUCAACAAACCAGCCUACAAACCAGCCGACACAUCCCAGACACAAGAGAAUCCAGGAACAUGAGAAAGAGAGGAAGGAGCUUUUCUCUAAACCACCAUCACAGACACCAGAGAAGAAGGGUGAGGCGGGGGAGGUAGAGCCUCUUGCCGAGACCUCUAGCGAAACUCCUGGCUCCUCCUCAAAUAGCAGGAGCUGUGGAGGAGGAGCAGAGGGAGGAGGUCUGUCAGCGGAACAGCCUUUCAUCAAACUCAGCCAGGAGGAGUAUGGAGAACACCACUCCUCCAUCAUGCACUGCAGGGUUGACUGCUCUGGUCGCCGGGUUGCCAGUUUGGAUGUGGACGGAGUCAUCAAGGUGUGGUCGUUCAACCCCAUCAUGCAGACCAAAGCCACCAUCAUGUCCAAGUCUCCUCUACUGUCUCUGGAGUGGGCCACCAAACCCGACAGACUGUUGUUACUAGGCAGCGGUGUUGGCACAGUGCGGCUGUAUGAUACGGACGCCAAGAAGAAUCUUUAUGAGAUGAACAUCGACGAGACUCAUCCACGUAUCUUGUCUUUAGCCUGCAGUCCCAGCGGUUCGUCGUUUGUCUGUUCAGCUGCAGCUCUCAGUCGAUCUGGGAGCUGCGAUUCUGUCCCUCGACUUCCUAUACCGGUGUCUGGACAGCUGCUGCUCUGGGACACCAAGACUGUCAAACAACAGCUCCAGUUCUCUUUAGAACCGGAACCAGUAGCCAUUAACUGCACAGCCUUCAACCACAAUGGAAACCUGCUGGUGACCGGAGCUGCUGACGGAGUCAUCAGACUGUUUGAUAUGCAGCGGUAUGAGAGCGCUAUGAGCUGGAGAGCUCACGACGGAGAGGUUUACAGUGUGGAGUUCAGCUAUGAUGAAAACACCGUUUUCAGCAUCGGAGAAGAUGGCAAGUUCAUCCAGUGGAACAUCCAUCGGUGUGGGGUGAAGCAGUCAGAGCAGGUUUUACCUCAGGACGCCACCGGGCCCUUCGUCCUGUCAGGGUACAGCGGGUACAAACAGGUUCAGGUUCCUCGAGGUCGACUCUUUGCCUUCGACUCUGAAGGACAACACGUCCUGACGUGUUCCAGCACCGGAGGACUCAUAUACAGACUGACCAAUGGGGAGCCGGCUCUGGAGAGCGUGCUGUCACUGGGCGGGCACAAAGCGCCGGUGGUGACAGUUGAUUGGUGCUCGGCGGUGGACUGCGGCACCUGCCUGACCGCCUCCAUGGAUGGGAAGAUCAAACUGAGCACGCUCCUGGCUCAGAAGUCCUGACUGAGGACACCUGAGGGUUCAGAGGUCAUAAGAGUUUAUAAUAAACUGAUUCAGUUUGCUCAGUCACUGAUGGAGAUGAUUCCAGAAUCUGAUAGAUACAGUAUGUCAACAGUGAAAACUCACCAACCUGUUAUAAAUUCAUAUUAACAUUAAAAUCCCUCUGAAAGUUC